GACAACUUUGUGGAAGGCGGUGGCUUGAAUAUGAACAAUGCUUUAACACUGCCGGUUAUGCUGGACCAGGAGGCGUCUACUGUUAUUGACCCGGUACACCUCAGCAGCAUGGGCAGUGAUGGCGGUGAUUCCAUCAACUCCGUGAACUGGACGUCGGUGGAGUCGGUGUCCUCACCGGUCGAGAUGCGUCUGCAGGGACAACUGCCGUUGAGGAACUCGGACGAACUAAUGGCUCUGAGAAAGCUGAGCAAGCUACGAACUGCCCGGAAGAAGCGGGCGCAUUGGAGCCUGCAGCCUGCGAAUGAGCUGUACGAGCCAAUGACGGUUGAUCUAUGUAUCGGUUACGCUUCGUGCGCUAGACAGCCGAGGCACUCUAAUAAAAGGAAAUCAACCCUGAAGAAGCCUGCCGUCGGCGUCAUAGGACCGUCUCAAGUGGCUGUCCCAAGCAUCCCCAUAUGGGGAGAUGGCAAAGACGGUGGACCAGCAAAGCCUCCAGAACGUGUAAAUUAUUUGGCUAGAUCUCUUACCCUUCACAUAUCUGAGUAUGUUCGUCUGAGCCUGGAAGUCCGCUUUCCCCUGCCUGACGUGUCACUCUUUCGUUUUAGCGUCGAUCGAUCAUGUCCCGUAUUGUCCGAAUUAUUCGACGGUUCCCUUGCCUUCGGCCCUCCAAAACCGAAUGAAGCUAUUUGGAACUAA